GGAUAACACUGAUUCUUCAGUAUUCGACAUUAAAUCAUUAAAUAACUUAAUAUUUGACCACUGGACACGGACACAAGAUAAACUAUUAAAUUGUAUUUCAUCAUCUUUUCUUCGCGUUCGCAUUCAACUCAUAUUUUGUAUAGCAUCAUAGCAUAAAUACAUACCUGAAAAUGUCUAACGUUUUCAUUACAUUUAAAAUUCGCUAUGAAAAAGAACUGAUUGAAUGUAAAAUAAAAGCACCUAUAGAUAUAUCUGGAUUCAUUGAAACGCUGAAAAAUGAAUUACAAUUGGAGGAAACAGAUGAGUUAGUGAUAUUGUGUCCAACAUCUGACGGGAAAAUAAUGGAACUCCAAUCAGAUGAUGAUAUUGAAUGUUUAAAGCAAACAAAACUCUCCUAUAAUGCUGUGACCAAAGAAGUUUAUUGCAAUGUAGAACUUGUAGUAACUAUAAUUCAUAAAUUUCCAAAUGACACAAGCGCUCAAUUUAUGAUUUUAUCAAAUAAAAUUGACAACUUAACAUCUAAAAUUGAUAAAUUAGAAGAAGAAUUUAUCAAAAAAAGUGAUGAAGAUAAAACUAGUACUUUUUCUACUAUUAGGUCGAUUUUGGCUGAGCACUUACAGAUAGAUUCUGGAAACAAAUUAGAGAAUUCAUUAGGUGAAGGAGACAUAAAAUAUUUAAAGCCCAAUGUAGAUGUUCGUCAAAAAAAAACCAAAAAGGACAAGGAAAAGUUAUCAUCAACAACUACUCCUACUAAUAAUAACUCGUCAACCAUGCCUGAAAAUAUAAAAUUGGAUACACCUAAAUCAGCUCCACGUCCUUUAUCUAAAGAUAUUGAUGUUUUAUUAGAGAUGUUAGUAGCAGAUGGAUUUACCAACACGAUACAGAACAUUAUAGUGUUGAAGAGAUUUGAUAACGAUUAUGAAAAAGCCAAAAAUUAUUUAAAAUCAUCUGUUGCAUGAAAUCAAAUUUAUUUUAAAAGAAUUUUCAUUUUAUUUCCCCCUUAUAAUAUUGUACAAGAUAUAUUAAAAAAUCUGUGAAUUGUAAAUGUUUUUAAAUCUACAAUCUUUAUAUAGUUGACAAAUGUAUUGUGACAGCUGUAUAAUUUUCUAAUAUUACCUGGUUGACUCCUUACAAGUGUUAUCAAUAAUGAUAAUUAAUUUGUUCUGUGGUAUUAUGGUACUAUUAACUCAUUACCUAAUUACUAAGAAAAUACUUUAUUUUUAUAUUUACUCUAAUUUAUGAUGUGUAUUAUUAUUUGUUUUGAGCCAUGAUCAUGGUCAAGGUGUACACUAUUACAGAAAAAUAGAAAACUUCCUUUAUUUAAAAAUUUCAAAUAAUGGUUAAAAACAAAAAUUUGUUAUUUUUAAAUAGCUGUCAUUUAUAACUUGUUUUUUUAUAAAUAAAUAAAUAAAUACAAUAAAAUACCUA